UACCAACCCGGCAGGUUAGACUGAGGAGCAGGGGUUUCACUUUCCACAUAUAAAUGCACAGCUGCCAGUCUUCCCUGCUGCUCUGAGGAGUGCUUGAAGGCCUUGCCAGGAGAAAGGAGGGGAUAGCUACAGGCUUUCAUACAUCCUGAAAUGGACUAGAGCCCGCCCCCGCUUCCCCAGUUCCCAUGCCAUAGUCAAGAUCUGUUGGCACACCAUCUUUAUAAAAGGCACUGCGUUGACUGAACAGCUCUCAGCUUAAGAUUUGGAACCUUGGAGACUGGAUUAAUUCACUUUCCAGCAUUCCUGCAAUGAUUUCUACACAGCACCACUUGUUCCCCAAAGCAGCCCAAACAAUAAUGGAGGAAGAACUCUUGGAAGAAGCAGCUGGACUUCAAGACAGCACUGAAAGUUCUCCAACGUCUGACUCAGGGCCACGCACUUUUAAAAUAUUGCAGAAAUGGGUUCCUAGAGCCUCUUACUAUUUUGACAAAGAACAUUAUUGUUACGCUGGUCAUCAGAUCACCAUUCAAGAGUCUAUAGAAAGCUUGGGAGCUGUAGUAUGGCCUGGUGCCCUUGCACUGUGUCAGUACCUGGAAUCAAACCAACAUGAAAUCAACCUCAGAGACAAGAAAGUGCUUGAAAUUGGAGCUGGAACUGGCCUGGUGUCCAUAGUGGCAAGUAUACUAGGUGCCUUUGUCACAGCUACUGAUCUACCAGAAGUACUUGCAAAUUUGGAAUACAAUAUUUCAAGAAACACACAAGACGCAAAUGUCCCCAAGCCUGAAGUUAAAAAGCUCAUUUGGGGAGAGAAUCUCAAUGAAGACUUCCCCAAGUCAACCCACCGUUAUGAUUUUGUUAUAGCUACUGAUGUUGUGUAUCACCAUACUGCUCUGGAGCCUCUGCUAGCCACAAUGGGUUACUUGUGUCAGCCUGGGACAAUCUUGUUAUGGGCAAACAAAUUCAGAUUCAGCACAGAUUAUGACUUUUUGGACAGAUUCAGCAACAUAUUCAAUAUCACACAUCUAGCAGAAUUUCCAGAGUCAAAUGUCAAGCUGUUCAAAGGCACAUUAAGAGAAAAUUAAAAUCUGAAAAAAAUUCUGAUCCAAUGGUAACAGCCUCAAGAUUACAAAGCAAUAGUACUUACAAGUAACACCCUCUGUUUCAUUAUGGUCUGGUCCAUUUUAAAAAAAGAAGUACAUAGGAACAUAAGAAGCUGCCAUAUACAGAGUCAGACCGUAGGUCCAUCUAGCUCAGUAUGGCAGAGGCUUCUCCAAGAUUGUAGGCAGGAAUCUCUCUCAACCCUAUCUUGGAGAUGCCAGGGAGGGAACUUGGAAUCUAGAUACUAGUUGUGAAAGUCUACUUGCUCACCUGUGGGAGAGGAUAACUAUCAAUUUUAAAGUGUUUAUAUGAACACAAUACUUAAUUAUCACGUGCUAUCCCAGUUUGUGUGUGCAAGAGGUAUGAAAUGCAUAGCUUCUAGCUCUGAAUGCACUUUACCUCUGCAUGCAAUCUGCAUACAUACUCUACAUACAAUGAUUCACAGGGCAUGGACUAGGCCUGUGCAUGAUCAAGUAUCAGAUCCAAGCCGUGAUAAGUAUUGAAAUCAGAUUUUGAGACCCUUGCAAAUAUCAGAUAUGGUAUCAUCAGAUUUCUAAUUGGAAAUCUGAUAAAAAUCAGGGGGAAAUCGCCACAGUGGGAAAAGAAUAAAACCAUAAUCCAGAAAUGGCUGGGCAGAGAGCUCUGAAAUUUGGCACAGAUGUAGUUCAGAAUAACAGGACUCUGUGUAUUUAAGUAAAUUGGUCCAUGCAUUGAUUUUUAAUGAUUUUUUAAGAAUCAAGUCAAAAUUGUACUCACAUCUGAGAAUCAUGGUAGAAAAGUGAUGUCACAUCAGAGGAUCACAGGGAAUGUCACCUGCACUGCUGGCACUUUGCAGAUCUCAGCUGCUGCAAUUAUGGUUCCCUGAAACUUUUUUUUAGGUUUGAUAAAAGUGUUCUUGCAGAGCAUCAUUUUUUCAGGUUUGACAAAAUGGUGGUGUUGUGCAAGAACAUAUUGCCACACCUCCCCAAAACCCCAACAGUGGCUAUUAUGGUUCCCCAAACGUGUUCUCCCACACCUAUCCUACUGCAAAGACAACCAAAGGUGGGGGGGGAGCCUUUGAAAACCAUAAUGGCAGCGGAUAGGGAGUGGUUUGGGUUUGGUGACAGGGAUGUGCACAGAACAAGAUUUGAAUCACAGCACAUCCCUCACACAGGGAGAAGAGCAGGUCCAUACUUGCUCCUCCAACACUUGCCCCAAGGCUAUCAUUGUGCACUUUUGCAGGAAUUCUCCCAGCUGCCCUCGCAUGACACCAGCACAUGGGUGUGCGGCCGCCAUUUGCAUAGUCAGCAUAUGCAAGUGACCACUGCGCAUGCAUGGAGGCCAUGUGUGUGCUGGUGUCACAUGAGGGCGGCUGGGAGAUUCCUUGCCGGUGCACAAUAAUAGUUGGAGGGAGCGCCCCCAAACUUCCUGUGGCAGCGAGCAGUGGAGGAGCAGGUAUGGACCUGCUCUCCUCUCUGUUAAAGAUGUAGGGGAUGUGCUGCUCGAAUUGUGUUUCACAGACUUCCCUAUUUGGCGAGGUGUUCUUGCACAAAGAAGUCAAAUGGCAGAAGCUGGCAGCCAUUUUUCAAACUCUAAUUGGGGGGGAAAUUGCUCUAACUCUCUAAAGCAGGGUUCUUUCUAAUUUGUUUCAUCUGCGUGCAGAAUGAGUUUUAUUCUGGGCGGCAGUAUCAAGGCAGUGAGUGCACACCUGCAUUCAGAGGGGGGGGGGCCUUCCCUGAGCGGUAUCUAAAAUUAACUGAGUGGACAUCAAAAAAUGUAUUUCCAACACCAUUUUGUCUUCUGGUAGUCCUGCCCGCCCGCCCCAAUAUUGCAAUAGUUAUUGCAACAAUUCCAAUCUAAAAUGGAUUUUGAAUAUUCCAGUAUCUCCAAUAUCAAUGAUAAUGUUCCAGUAUUGCUAUCGGAUAUACCCGAUGUACAGGUGUAGCAAGCACACCACUCAAGUGCACUAUCACAUUGUAAGCAUUUUAGUAAAAUGUUUUGUAUUAGGCUUGAAAACUUAACUGGAAUGCCACAGUAAUGGCUCUAGCUCCAACUGUUGCUAAAACAAAGGAGACGGCCAUUUUUAUUCUACAGCAAGUCCCCACUGACUACACAAAGCACCCAUUAAACCAAAUUGGCUGUAGUGUAACACAAGAUAUGCAGAUGAAGCCAGAGCAUUUCGGUUAGGCCUAGGGCCAUAAAUGUGGGCAAUGUUUUCACAGGACUACAGGAAUAAGCAAAUUCCAAAUGGGGCUCUUCCCCCCUACCCCACAAGACUUAAAACAGAUUCAUUAACAGAGCAUAAAAUAUAUGUUCUGACCAAUAUUAUUUGCCCCAGUGCUGAAAAGUGGCUGGCAUCCAGAUUAAAAUACUCAUAAGCAGUCCCCUUGGAAAUGAAACAAGUUAGUCAUGACCAACCUCAUUAAUUUCAGUGGCAUUACUCAUGAGUAAUUUAGUCUGGAUGCCAGCCAGUAACUUUUUACUUGGCCUCCAUGAAGUCAUAUAUGCUUCUCGUUCUUUAGUGCUUUCUCUCUAUUUGCUCUAAAGUAAACACUGACUUAAUGCUUCCAUUAUGUAAUCUGGAAAAAUUAGGACAGAUCUCAGCUUUGUUACUUGUUUUAUUAUUAAAAAUUGAAGUAUGAGAGUGCAAGUUUUUGAUCUUGAAAUUUGCACAUUUAUUCUGCAGUUCUACAUUUCUCAAACAUUAAACAUAUCUGUAUGUAUAAGUUUUACAAUACCUGAUUAAGUGUUAAUUGUCUGACAUUAUAUAUGUAUCAGUUUAUCCCGAUACACUCAAAUAUCCAUGUGAAGCAGAAUAUCUCCAAGCUGAAGAUAUUCAAGAGCACCUUUGCACCAGCAAUUCAGAAUACAUUUAUAGUGAGUGUGAAACGUUUAUUUAAAAAAAUUCAAAAUGUAAACUCUUGCAAGUGAUAUUGGUAAUUAAGUUCCAUUACUGUUAAGUCUAAUAAAUAAGGUUUUUGCUA